CAUCUUGCACCUCCCAACAUCAAAGACUUCCUCUACAACAAGCUCAAGCCAACCAAUCCAUACCUCGUAUAAUUUUUGCACCACGCACCUCCACAACCGCAACCACCACCACCAUGACACAACACCGCUUCCUUCUCGUUACAUACCCUGCUCAAGGCCACAUCAAUCCUUCCUUGCAAUUUGUCAAGUGUCUCAUCCGCACCACCGGCGCCGAAGUUACGUACGUCACGGCCCUAUCUGCGCACCGCCGCAUAGGCAAUAGCUCGAGCAAGCCUCGUGGCCUGACCUUCGCUCCCUUCUCCGACGGCUACGACGACGGGUUGAAGCCCGGGGAUGACAUACCCCAUUACCUGUCCGAGUUAAGGCGCCGUGGCUCGCAUGCACUCGCAGAUAUCGUGGUGUCUAGUGCUAACGAGGGCCGCCCUUACACUUGCAUAGUGUACACCAUACUACUCCCUUGGGUGGCGCAAGUGGCGAGUGAGCUUCACCUCCCGGCCGCGCUCGUUUGGAUUCAGCCGGCCACAGUGUUCGACAUAUACUACUAUUACCUCAACGGCUACAAAGAUCUCAUCAGAAACAAUGCUACGGCUAAAAGUUGUGAUCCUUGCCAUGGAGUAGAAUUACCAGGACUGCCACUAGCGCUGAAGAGCCGCGACCUUCCCUCCUUCAUGGUGGAUUCAAAUCCCUACGAUUUUGCUUUGCCACUGUUCAAAGAACAGUUCGAGCAGCUAGGAAAAGAAAGCAAGCCAACCAUCCUGGUGAACACGUUCGACGCACUUGAGCCGGAGGCCUUGAAAGCAAUCGACAAGUACAACUUGAUCGGAAUCGGUCCUCUAAUACCCUCUGCUUACUUGGACGGCAAGGAUCCAUCCGAUAAAUCUUUCGGAGGCGAUUUAUUUGAGAAAUCAAAGGACUCGGUGUACCUAGGUUGGCUGAACUCAAAGCCAAAAGAGUCUGUCGUAUACGUCUCGUUCGGGAGCAUUUCCGUAUUGUCCAAGAUUCAAAUGGAGGAAAUCGCAAAAGGGUUGUUGCUAUCCGGUCGUCCGUUUUUGUGGGUGAUUAGAGAAAACCAAAAGAACGGAGAAGGUAAAGAAGAAGACAAAGUGAGUUGCAGAGAGGAACUAGAGGAGCUUGGGAUGAUAGUCCCGUGGUGUAGUCAAGUGGAAGUUCUAUCAAAUCCUUCAUUAGGUUGCUUUGUGACACAUUGCGGCUGGAAUUCAACGAUGGAGAGUUUGGUUUCUGGUGUCCCGGUGGUGGCGUUUCCACAAUGGACCGACCAAGGCACAAAUGCCAAGCUGAUAGAGGACACUUGGAAGACAGGAGUGAGGGUGGAACCGAAUGAGGAGGGUGGUGUUGUGGGUGAGGAAAUUAAGAGGUGUUUGGAUUUGGUGAUGGAAAGUGAUAAGAUGAGGAUGAAUGCUAAGAAAUGGAAGGGUCUGGCAAGAGAGGCUGUGGGUGAAGGUGGCUCUUCUGACAAGAACAUGAAGGUGUUUCUGGAUCAGAUUGGAGAUGGUUGUUUUCUAGCCUAAGGCCUCUAAAGAUUCAUGCAUGUACGUCUGUUAACGACUAUGUUCGCUUAGCUAGUGUGUGCCUUUUUCCGCUCUCUCUUAUUUAGUCAUGCACGUUAACAUCUAUCUGUUAACAUCUUAUGAAAUAAUAGUUUGAGUUGAUAGAAAUUGUAAACCAAUAUUUUCUUGGAGAAAAAUGUAGCGGGCAUUGGCGAAUUGAUACGUAGAAUUAUUUCUGGCGAAGAAAAUUCUUUUUUGAUAUGUGGACAUUGGAGACGCUUAAUCUAGUAACUGAAGUGUGGGGCUGAUAUCGUCUCA